UCACCGCAACUUUACGUUCUUGGGCUUUGCCAGGUUAGUCGACCUGCUGCUAUCGCCGGAGGAACCGGCCGACGAGUUUGCUUCGCUUUAAAGACUGUAUUUGUGCGUAUCGCUAUACUAACGGGACGCCCAGGCUUUUAUGCAACCUGGUGGCCCAGGUUGAAAAGCGCCUGACACCCCAGCGAUUAAUCGGUGCAAAUCUUCACGGCUUGGAUCUUUCAUUUGUAUGGCUUUUGCCGGAAGCACCCGGCGUAUGCCCGUGCUUGUGCGGACGUUAAGUGAGUUGUUUGAAAUUGCCACUUUUCCUCCUGCUGCUCGCUCUGUGAGCACAGAAAGAUGUCCGGGACGGAUAAGGUGCCCAGUCAGGUACUUGUCGUCAUGUGGAAUUUUGAUGACUAGGGCUCCAAGAAUGCUCAGCUCUCAAGAUGUAGAGCUGACACCCACUCAUCACAGAAGACAUUUUAUUAGCCUUAGCAAUAAGAGGAAGGAAUACUCUGAGAGAAGGAUAAUAGGGUAUUCAAUGCAAGAGAUGUAUAAUGUCGUAGCCAACGUGGAUGACUACAGAUAUUUCGUGCCUUGGUGUAAGAAGUCCCAGACCAUCUUGAGAAGGUCAGGCCAUGCCAGAGCUGAGCUUGAGGUGGGCUUCCCCCCUGUAACUGAGCGCUACACAUCUAUGAUCAGCUCUGUCCGCCCGCACCUCGUCAAAGCGGUGUGUACCGACGGCAAACUCUUUAAUCACUUGGAAACAAUAUGGCGCUUCAGUCCUGGUAUUCCAGGUUACCCCCGUACCUGCACAGUCGAUUUCUCUAUCUCGUUUGAGUUCCGCUCCCUGAUACACUCUCACCUGGCAACGGUCUUCUUUGACGAAGUGGUGAAGCAGAUGGUGGCCGCUUUCGAGCGCAGGGCGCACCACCUGUAUGGACCCGACACCCCCAUCCCACGAGAGCUCCUGUUCCAUAAGAUCCAUCAAACGUGACGGUCACAUGAUCUUAUGGAACAUUACGCAAUCACCACAAGUCUCAAAUCUAUUCAGGUUGCAUGUCGGUAACUGUAUGCACUAGACUGUGAUGGACUUGCAACUCUUUACCUCACACAGGGUGGUUCCACUCUGCAAGUCCUAGGUAUGAUGCCUCGCUGAGUAAGCACUUCAGCUAACUUGGUUUCCCAAACCCUGGAAAUGAUGAAUUCUGAGCUCAACAUAAUGGAUUAUGAACUGUGCUAAAAAUGCAAUGUGGAGUGAAGAUCUUUAUAAAGUCUGUGGCAUCUUUGCAUUACACAUGAUGCAACUUCAAGGGUUUUUUUUUUUUUUUUUUUUUUUAAUACUUUGGUUUAAAGUAGGCCUAGGCUGCUGCAGUGUUCAAUGUGCAAAUAAUGUGAAAUUAUCAGCUGCAAAAUCACACUCUACGGUCACAAAUUUCACACUCUAAGCUCAUUACAGUGAAGUGAGAAAUGUUUGUAGCAAUGUUCAUUUAUUGUUCGUAUAGUAGUAUUGCAGCAAGUUAUACUAGAAAUAUUUGGCAUAUUUUUCUUCCAAUGACAUGCCCAACUAAAAUCGUAGGGUUUAAAUAAAGGUCCACUGAUGUUUAA